GUGUUGGGUGACGUGGAAAUUGCCUUGGCGCUCUUCUUCUUCUUCCUCUUCCUCUUUGUUCCUCUCUACCACCACCCUCACCCUUUUCUCUCUUUCUCUCUCCUUCAAUUUCUCGCUCUUGCUUCCUUUGUGAUAGAAAAUAAGCGUUUUUUUAUCUCUGGGUGUUCUAGAGGGAGAAAAUGCAGGGGAUUUGAAGCCGGGGUUUGCCGCCAUUGAAGAAGUUUGAAGCUUUGACGAAAUUUCAACGAAUUCUGAAGUUUUCUUUUUCCUUUUGGUUUGGAUUUUGGACGUUAAGAGGUGGAGAUUUGGAUUUGAGAGUUCAAGUGUGGAGUCUGAACAGUAUAUAUAACAGAUAAAGAAGUGAUGUACUGAUCAAGAAAGCUCAAAAUAUUUCUUCUCAGUAUCUUUGAAUAAGCCUUAGUGGUCAUCCAUGGGAAACGACGACGACGGAAAAUCUGCCAAAUCUGAGAAAUCAUCUUCACCUCUGACAGCGGAUCAGACAAAUCAUAGCAAUCAGACCAAUGUUCAUGUCUAUCCUGAUUGGGCAGCCAUGCAGGCAUAUUAUGGUCCCAGAGUUGCUCUUCCUCCAUAUUACAACUCAGCUGUGGCUUCUGGCCACGCACCUCAUCCCUAUAUGUGGGGCCCACCACAGCCUAUGAUGCCACCCUAUGGGACACCUUAUGCAGCAAUGUAUUCACAUGGUUAUGCACAUCCGGCAGUUCCUCUUGGAUCACAUGGCCAAGCGGUUCCAUCAUCACCUUCUGCUGCAACUCCUUUGAAUAUGGAAACACCUACAAAGUCAUCUGGUAAUGCAGACCGAGGUUUAAUGAAAAAGUUGAAAAGAUUUGAUGCGCUUGCAAUGUCAAUAGGCAAUAGCAAUGUUGGGGAUGCUGAGGGUGGAGCUGAACAUAGUGUCUCCCAGAGUUUGGGGACAGAAGGUUCUAGCGAGGGAAGUGAUGGGAAUACGGCUGGGGAAAAUCAAACCAGAAGAAAAAGAAGUCGUGAGGGAACACCAGCCACUGCUGGAGAUGGGAAGACUGACAUGCAGCCCAGUCCAGUUUCUGCUAAGGAGGUAAAUGCAGCUUCUGAUAAAGUGUUGGGUGCAACUGUUGCUGCUCCUAGUGUCCCGGGAAAAUUGGUUGGACCAGUAGUUUCUCCUGGUAUGACCAUGGCGUUGGAAUUCAAGAACUCACCUAACUUGAACUCAAAGUCGAGCUCUACUAGUGUUCCACAAUCCUGUGCAGUUUUGCCUCCAGAAGCCUGGAUGCAUAAUGAACGGGAGCUAAAAAGGGAGAGGAGGAAACAGUCUAAUCGGGAAUCUGCUAGAAGGUCCAGGUUGAGGAAGCAGGCUGAGACUGAGGAACUUGCACGAAAAGUUGACGCCUUAUCUGCGGAGAAUGUGGCACUUAAAUCUGAAAUAAGUCGAUUGACUGAGAAUUCUAGCACGCUGAAGCUAGAAAAUGCUACAUUAAUGGAUAAACUGAAAAAUACACGCGUAGGACGAAUGGAAGAGAUUAUGAUGAACAUUGAUGAUAAGAGGGUCCAACCUUUUAGUACUGAGAACCUACUGUCGAGAGUUAAUAACUCGGGUUCCAUUGCUAGGGAUGCUGAGAAAGAGGGUGACAUGUAUGAGAAAAACUCGGGGGCUAAGCUGCAUCAACUCCUGGAUGCGAGUCCCAGGGCUGAUGCAGUUGCUGCUGGCUGAUCAAUCGACCGGCAUACGUGCAGUUUCUUUAAUUCUGUAGUUUUGGCAUAUUACAAGCCCAAAAUUACUGCUAACAGUAAGCAGGAGAAAUGUGACAGCUGAACAGGAUUGUUACCAUGGUGAAAGCUGAGGCCCCUAAUUGUUAUUUGUGAUUAGUUAUCCCAUUGCAGAACUAAUGGUUUUUUUUCCCCGUUUUUCUUGAGUAAAAGACUAGAAUUCAGAUGUGCUGGAAUGGCCACUGAAGGGUGAUGUUGUACAUUGAAGAGUUAGAGAUUUAGAAUAGAAAAACCUUCAUAUAUGCUGUGAGUGUGGUGAAUAAUUCAGUUACCCGUGAUGUGAUGACCAUGCAAUUUGAAUGAGCAUACAUGUAUGUUUUAUUUAUUUAUUAA